AUGAAGCUUUAUAAGUUGAUAGUUCAUCAGAAAACAUUUAGUGAAGAAGACCUUAUAAUCAAUCCGAAAGAUCAUCCAGGCAUAAAGACUGGAGAUGUUGUUGAGAUUUAUCAUCCAGAAGUUGAGUUCAGUCGUCUUCUAUUGCAAGUCACAUCCUUUAAAGAAGACUUACAAGGACGUGAGACAAUUAGCGUGGAAAAUAAUGUAGCAACAAUGUUUCAACUAAGAACAUUUGGGGAUGUCUACAUGAAUGUUGUAAAUCCAGAUGAUGUAGCUUUGGAUUCUGUUGAACUUACCUUCAAAGAUCAAUAUUUGGGGCGCAGCGAAAUGUGGAGGUUGAAAAAUAGCUUGGUUAACACUUGUGUAUACAUGAACAAGAAAAUUGAAUUUUGUGGUGGUAGUAUCAGAUGUCAGGUGUAUGAGAUGUGGUCACAAGGAGAUCGAGUUGCUUGCGGUGUUAUAAAUAAUGAUACUAAGGUUGUAUUUCGUUCUUCCACGAGUAUGGUGUAUCUUUUCAUUCAAAUGAGUUCUGAAAUGUGGGACUUUGACAUUCAUGGUGACCUAUACUUUGAAAAAGCAGUUAACGGCUUUCUAGCUGACUUGUUUCAAAAAUGGAAAAAGAAUGGUAGCAAUCAUGAAGUGACAAUAGUUCUAUUUUCAAGAACAUUUUAUAAUGCUGCUAGUUUGGAAGAAUUCCCAAAUCAUAUGCGUGAAUGUUUACAACAUGAUUAUAGGGGAAGGUUUUAUGAAGAUUUUUACAGGGUGGUUGUACAGAAUGAGAGAUUUGAAGAUUGGAGCAAUGUAUUAGUGCAAUUACGUAAAUUAUUUACAGACUAUCAGAAAAUUGUAUUAGAAUAUCAUCAGAAACCAGGUGGUAUUAUACCAAAAGCGGUAAAUUCAACAGCUGCACAAGGAAAUUUUUUAGAAGUUUUAAACAUGUCCCUAAAUGUGUUUGAGAAACAUUAUUUAGAUCGUAGUUUUGAUAGAACUGGGCAAUUGUCAGUGGUAAUUACACCUGGUGUGGGUGUUUUUGAAGUUGAUAGAGAGUUGACAAAUGUUACAAAACAAAGAAUCAUUGAUAAUGGAGUUGGUAGUGACUUAGUGUGUGUUGGAGAACAACCGUUACAUGCAGUUCCCUUGUUAAAGUUCCACAAUAAAGACACAUCUAUAAAGGCACCAGACGAUUAUAGUAUGCCACACUGGAUUAAUCUCAGUUUUUACUCAACAAAUAAAAAAAUUCCCUAUUCAACAUUUAUACCUCGCAUAAAACUUCCUCAGAAGGUAUCGAAACAAUCAUGGACAGAAAAUGGAAAGUUUCAAUGUAAAAAUAAGCUUUUACAAGAAGAUCCAAGGGAAUGUUUACAUAAUACUUUAUUCGACUAUGAUGCAUAUGAUGCACAAGUUUUUCAACUACCCACUGUUCAUACUUCCAGCCUGCAACGAGUUACAACUAGGACCAAAAAGACAAGCGUUGUUAGCAUGGAAACACAUAAUAAUGCACACAUAUUGAAACUUUUGAAAAGAAAAAUGUCCGACCCCGAUAUUCAUCAUCCGCCACCGGAAAUACAUUCAACUCCAAUAGCUGCAACGCGAAGUGCAGCAAUCUCAAUACCUCAUAGAACAGAUGACAUUGCUAGCAGUGAAUCGAAUGGAGAAAUUAAUGGCAUGUAUCAAAACUACUUAAAAUCAAGAACAUCGGUCAAAAGUGAUUUAACGGAUUCAGAAAUAUCACCACCCUUUAGGCCAGUUGUUGGUAGCGCUGGGAGUCCAACAAAUGCAAUAUCUCAACCGACAAGUAUCAUUAGACCUAGCAGGGCACUUAUUAAUCCUUUCGAUCCUUCCCAUGUUACAAUCAAACUUACUAGCAACAGACGGAGAUGGACACACAUUUUUCCUAAAGGCCCAACAGGUGUACUCAUACAGCAACAUCAUUAUCAAGCUGUGCCAGCACAAAUGUGUUCACAAUCACAGUCUGACGUUACUUCUACUGUAAACGGAUCACCCCUGGAAAAUACUGAAAUCAUUGGUAUAAAUAAAUUAAUUUCAAGAUCGUUAGUAUUUUAUACAGGGCGAUCCUCUCAUAAUAAAAGCAAAUCACAAAAAUUAAAUCUAUCUCUAUCGAAUAGCGAUAAAGGUGGAAACCCAGUAUCUUCAACAGGAAGUAAGUCUUUGACACUAUUAUGGGGUGCUACUGGCGAACAGGAAUGGACACCAGCAUUAACUACAGCAAUCAUAGGUGUCGAUUGGAAAUCACUGACAAUCCCAGCAUGUUUACCUAUUACCACAGAUUAUUUCCCGGACAAAAGGAGUUUGCAAAAUGAUUAUGUUGUCUCAGAUUAUAAUCUUCUGCCAGAUGAUGUUAAUACAGACUUCGCCCAACAACGAGCAAUAUAUAAAAAGCCUUUAACAACUGUAGAAGUAUUUAAAGAGCUUGUGUCGCAGCGGCUAGCACAGGGAUUUCAAUUGAUUAUUUUGCCUACAACUAACAAAAAUCAAACUAACACGCCUGGCAGUGCAGUCCCAGCAAUAAGUUCUGUAAUGCGCGGUCGACAAACAGAAUCAGAACCAAAGGAAGAAUACUUGUUAAGUAUUGGUAGAAUUUUUCAUAAAAUAUCGUUAUUUGAUAACUGUAUAACAGUUACACGGUAUCGACCAAGGCAUCCUUAUCCACCAUUUAAUAUACAUUAUCGGUACCGAUUUCACGCACCACAUCACGAUACGUAUGAAGUGUCGUGGGUGUCAUUUACAACGGAAAAACUAGAAAAUUAUAAUUGGAAUUAUUUAGAUCAUUACAUUUGUACAAGAGGCCACACUGAUUUUGCUUUAGUCGAGGAUCGAGUAUUUCUACUACCUUUACACACUUCGGUAACACGAAAAUUUUUAGAAGGUUCAUCGAGAUGCGAUAUAUACACACCACUUACUACCGCCGAACAAGUGUCCCUCAUGGAUGGAUUUUUACGCUUCAUUGAACUCUGGCCGAAUAAAAUACGACGCCAGAACCCCAACAAAAACUGGAACCCUUCAACUGUAGGUGGUGUUCCCCCGAGAGAUCCUGCCUCUCACUUGACCAGACGCAGGCACAGCACGAGCCUUAUAGUCCUCACUAACCAGACCAGUCUAGUUGGCAGCUCUCCCUUCAGGGAGCGACUCGGAAGCAAUCGUCUACCAGAGAAACCAAGACCAAGGUCGGGUUCUAAAGUGAUGGAUAGAGGUCGAAUCUCACCAGCUAGUGAAGCUGUUUUACCCCUUUCGCUUGAACAACAAGAUCAUUUUGAAUCUAACGAAGACAGUACAAACAUGGAGUUGACGAAGAUAAAAAAUACUGCGCCAAACAAUGAAAUUCUAGAAGCGAUGAAACACCCCCAAUCUGGUGUCGGGUUUCUCACCCAACACCCAUCGCUCCCAAGCCAAACAUUCGUUAGCGCAGAUGCUGUGCAGUGGUUAAAUAAUCAUAUAGAAGGAGGGGUAACAGUGAACGAAGCCAUUAUCAUUAUGAAUGGUAUGAUACAAGAGAAAUUAAUAUGCCACGCUUCUGGUGAUUUCUCGAAACCAUUUAUUUUAGGAUUUUAUUUAUACCAUGUAGUGCACGAUAAAGAAAAUCAAAGAGCAACGGAUUAUUUCUCACCUACGGGCGAUUUACAAAGCUUCGAAAACGAAUGGGUAGAAGUAGAAAUAACGGCACCGAAAGGUUGGUGCGAACCUACUUCACCGGGAACUUUCCCAACAAUGUCUUCGCCUAUAACCAUACCUAGUUGUGAUACAGUGGACGAAUCAAAUGUACCAUCAUUCCUCAAAGAUGAUUUAGAUUUAAUCGACUCCAUAGACGAUAAAGAACGGCGAGCUCCACCAUACAAGCAUACUCAUUUAGAUAUUGAUUUAAAUAAUAGAAGUGACCGAAUUGAAUGGGGUCAUUUAAGAUACCAGUCCAUAUACAAAGUAGAUCAUUCUUAUGAACUCGUAGUACAAUGGGUAGCAUCGUCUGGUAGUAUAGUUGCUGAUCUUAUAUUUGUAUGGCAACGUAAAGCUCAAAUGUGUGGAAUUCAAAUGGUUCCUAUUCCUAGUGAUCUACUAGCUCUACCAUUCACUUUGAAAAGUGAUCCUUUAAGGGGACCUAUAUUUAUACCAUUGAAUACAGAACGUCUUACGACAAACAAGCAACAACUUUUUGAAGAAUUCCGCGAAGAAACCUAUGCACAACGGCUAUUUCUAUUUCAAGAAGCGAUUGUACAGAGAUUUGGUUUUAUCCCCUGUCUAAUAGAAAGUACAGAAAACGAUCACCAGUAUGUUCAUAUGACUGGUAAUGCUUUUAUACUUAUUCCUUCUACGACAAACACAAGGUUUCGCCCCAGAACGUCCACAAACGUUGUAAGACGAAACACGGGACAAAAAGGGUAUCCAGUUCAUCCUGAUCAGCCUAGCCCACACGAGGCUUAUAUUACGAGACACGUUAGCGGAAAAAAUAAAAAUGAUUAUAACAUGGAUAGAAGGAUUGGAUUUCUUUGGUCGUGGAAUCAUAUGGUUAGUCGGAAAUGGAAAUCAUCAUCCACGCUGGCCGGCGAUGAAUUAUUUCAAAAGAAACUCAUUCAAGACUUUAGACAUUUUUGUUCGAAUGGAGAUAAUAGACUGAAGCAAUUUUGGGAAUACUGCUGGGAAAUGAAAGAAAAAUCGUGCACACGAGCAACUUAAAGAGUGUCAAAUGAAAUAUCAGAUAAGUUGUGUUUUUCACAAGCUUAGCCUUCAAUUACAA